ACUUUCAGAGACACAGAAUGGCUGACGUUGAACGGUCCUGUGUUUUCGCUGCUCCGGAGGUGAAAUUGAGCUCCUUCUCCGGCCACCGUCACAUGCCCGUGAUCGGCAUGGGGUUGGCAGCCGACCCUUUGGACGAAAUUGCUUUGAAACAGGCUGUCCUGGAGUCCAUCAGGCUUGGUUACAGGCACUUUGACACUGCAUCUCUGUAUGGAUCUGAGAAGCCCCUGGGAGAAGCCUUGGCUGAAGCAAUUCAGCUCGGUCUCGUUAGUUCCCGGGAAGAAUUCUUUGUCACUUCCAAGCUCUGGGUGGCCGACGGUCAUCCCGAUCUUGUUGUCCCUGCGCUGCAGAAAUCCCUGAGGACUCUCCAGUUGGAAUACCUGGAUCUAUAUCUCAUCCACUUGCCUAUAAGUGCAAAGCCAGGAAAUUUACAGUGGUCAAUCCCCAAAGAGGAGCUUCAACUAAUGGAUUACAAGUCAGUGUGGGGUGCCAUGGAAGAGUGUCAAAGGCUUGGCCUCACCAAGUCCAUUGGUGUCUCCAACUUCUCUUGCAAGAAGCUUGAAAACAUAUUCUCCUUUGCCACCAUCCCCCCAUCCGUGAAUCAAGUGGAGAUGAACCCUCUCUGGCAACAGAAGAAGCUAAGGGAAUUUUGCAAGGCCACAAAUGUAAUUGUGACAGCCUUUAUGCCUUUGGGAGCAAUUGGCACUUGGUGGGGCUCCAAUCAUGUUUUGGAUAACGAAACACUAAAAGAGAUUGCUAAAACUCAUGAAAAGACUAUUGCUCAGGUUUGUCUGAGAUGGUCGUAUGAGCAAAGAGCAACUUUUGUGGUUAAGAGCUUCAACAAGGAGAGGAUGAAGCAGAAUUUGCAUAUAUUUGAUUGGGAAUUAACUGAGGAGGAUCACAAGAAGAUAAACCAGAUUCCACAACGGAGGUUCUUCCUUAAUGAGGAAUUCAUCUCACCUAAUGGACCCUUCAAAACCCUGGAUGAACUCUGGGAUGGUGAGCUUUAGACAUUAAAUUGGUCUCAUAUUUCAGACAAAUGCGAGUAUAUGCAUGCUGACAUUGCAGGAAGAUCCUCACUAAAUUUGUUAGCACACUUGGUCUUAGUAGUUUGUAUGUUAGCUUUGAUUUGGCAAUCCCAUAUUACAUUAAGGGACUGUUUGGGGGGAAUAUUUUCUGUAUGAAUAAAUAAUUUGUUUCAUGUUUUAAAUAAAACUUGAAUACUUAU